AGCGGCUCGAUGACAAGCUGCCCUCCCCUAUGGAUUGCAGGCUAUGCUCGGUGAUGACUCAUAGGUAGAGCCGCCAACAGGUCGAAUAUAAAAGCAGCACUCAAUUUGAAGGCGAGAUGCUGCAAGCUCAUUUCCAGUUUUCUGGUAGGAACAAUCCCCUGCAACCCACUUCCCAGUUUGAAAACAGAACAAAAGUACGUGUACCUCAGCUUAUGUACUUUGGCGCUCACAUAAAGGCUAAACUGGACCGCCAUUAAGAAAUGUCAGCUAGCUCAGGACUGAAAGGGUUUUGCGAUAUAUGCAGCCAUGCGAACAAUGAACAUCGACAAUAUAAAUGCAAUGCAUGUAACCAGCCAAAAAAAUGGAAGAUUUGCCAACAACCUUCCCAUGGAGGCUAUGUGGUGUGUGUCAAGUGUGAGACCUGUGCGCCAGGAGGUGGCCCACCAGGCUCCCAGCCUGAUGGCCAUAUGAAAUAUCUAUGUGACGAAGUCGUAUCCUAACGGACCAAGCUCGCACACCCGCGAGCAAGACGUAAGCACCUUAAGGACAAUCUGUGGAGUAUAAAGUUGUGGUUCUUGGGAGAAGAUACGUAUUGAUGGAGUUGAAAUAUACAAUACGCACAAAGAUCGUUAGAAAGUAACUAGAAAAUGAAACUCCCCAUCUGCACCCGAUGUUCCGCGCGCCUGUACUUUCGUAAGAAGCCAAUCAAAUGUCUGUGGGAGUCGGUGCAUAGUAACGGACUAUAUAUAAUCCGUGAACGGCAUGGUUAUAUAAGCGGCGGUUCUCGCAUCGUGAGGUCUGUCUUGAAGAUAAAAGUAAAAGCUGGUUACCUGUAACAGAACUUCAGGAAAGAGCAAGUCUUUGCGAAGAUGGUUUCCCGAGAAAUGACUAAGUAUAUACCACUUUCGAUCUAGGCGCGGACUUUCAAGCUGAUUAGUAGAAGGACCCAGAGGAGUCGCGAUCACCUCCAGCCGAGUCAAGAUGAGCUUAACGCCGCGUUGCAUGAGGCUCGUUAUUACUGGCAUGGCCUUGCGCAGCAAGCUGUCACCCAAUACAGGCAUGGCCCUCCUUCCCAAUGUUUUCGGCCUGAAAAUAUGCUCGGAUAUGUCCCGGCGAUGCCGGAUAUUCAUAUGAACCAUCGCCAUGAGGCCUUUGAUAAGUUUACGUCAAACGGGGUACUGUACAUCAGAGCAGAGGGUGUGUGGGUUGUUUCAGAUGGCGGUGAGUGCGGCAUUGGCGGAAAGCAGAAGAUACGAGCCGCAUCUCUCCCGAUAGGAGUUCGACGGCCCACGCCUGUUUGCUUCAAGAAUGCUGCCUUUCACAAAGGGGCCGGAGUGGGAGGAGCUCAUGAGGUUAAUAUCAUCGGAACACUCGCCUUGGGAUGGUCAUACAUAUUUUCGGCAGCAUUAAUCGAGAGGCAGGGAUCAGGAUUGUCCAGCUUAGACUAUACCGAUUCUAUUGCGGAAAUGUGCUAUGGGAAGGCAGAAGUGAUCGGUAACAUGAUUGAUGUUGGCUGUGUAAGUGCGCAGGCAGCACGGUGGUGGGGAUCGAUUCUAGCACCUGGGCAAGGUUGGAAGGCUACAGUGUUACAGAGUGACAGUGCCUGCUACAUCUCACCCUGGUCUGUGGCGCUCGAGCACGACGAAGCCUUCAAGGUCAGAGUGAGUGAUUUACCAACGAAUUCAACAAUGAAAUCCCUAAGUCCUCCAUCCUCCCAACAAGCAUUGGAGUUUCUUAUCGACCUUUGUGCGCUUCACGGUUCCCAUAGCCAACUCUUUGUCGCUCUCGCAACUGCUAUGACAUUCCCAGCACACAACUACUAUGGAACGCCAUCCAGGUUGCCUAGCGUACGUGGAUCGAAUACUCUCAAAUCUCCUCAAGUCAUAGCGGAUGCUAAAGAGCUUUCUGCCCAAAUCCCUUACUAUAUGACGAUGAGUUGUGCCCACAGCGUGACUGUUUCGAGUCUCUGCAGUGUAUUUUGGGAACCCGAAGUAUGCUGUAAUUUGGUCAGUCCAUGGCUUCAUCCUGUGCUCAAAGAAAUACCCAAUAAUUAUUCCGGUUCUCUCUCCUUAGAUGAGAUUAUCCCUUUACUUUGUGCCCUACGAUGUCCAAAUCUUGCAGCUCUCUGGCUUGGAGCCACCCUUAGUGGGCUUUCUUCCACCGUCGUUGAGCUUGUUGGUAGCGGAACCCCUCCUCUGGACACAAACGGUGCGCCAUGGACUGGUAACCCACAGUCUUUCAUGGAUGUUCCGGGUUCAGGCCCAUAUAUUCAAUUUGACUCCUUGCAGGAUAAGCUCUUUAGGUCGGACGCCUGGCGCCUUCUUUACCUACCGGCCGCUGUCGAGGAUGACUUGCAAUAUAAUAGCCCGCCAUUUUCACCAUGGCAACCUGUCGGCAUGACCGACUUCGAAUAUACAGCGAUUAGAGUAAAAGCCCAUAGAGAUUGUCCCCGUCACGAGUUAGUUUACCAUCACUGGUCAUGGCGCCUGAAGAAUGGUUCGGGGUUAGAAGGACGCGGCUAUUGUUCUGACGCCAUCCCUCGUCACUCUCAUAAAAUAGAUUCUCGCAUUACGGCUAUGGACCACCAAACGCUUUCCCUGGCAGACCAGGAAGCAUCCAUGAUGGCCUCACGAGAAGUCUUCGCGUGGGUUACUCGCAACUGUGAAGGACAUCCUCCCGAGGAGAUAUACUCUGACCCAUGGAUACGUGAUGAUAGCGAAAGCGAAGCGUCAGAGUCUUGCACAUCUUCUAAGAGUGCAAGAUCCACUGGCGGGUUAACAGGGCCAUCAAAUAUCCAAGCAUGGAUUAUGAGAACAAAUUCCUAACUAUAGCCAACCAGGUUCCCGGUAAAAACGCAAGCUAUCAACGCACGCGAGGUUGCGGUGCGAUUUAAAGCGCGAUGGAACAUUUUACCACAGCAGGUUACACUAACGAAUAGCCCAUGAUUGUAUAAUUUGCUCCGUCACUAUUUAUAAGGUGUGUCUCCCCUAAGGUGUAUCCAUAGAUAGGUGAUAUAGAACGGGCUGGGUUGAACCACAAAAAGCACAUGAGUGCUUUGGCGCAUGCCAACGUGUGCACGGUUCAAUAACAAAGUAUAUAUAAUCACCGCCUCCGUGAGAGCGACUUUGAUAAAGCGUAUACUGCACAAUAAGUUGUAGCCUAUGUUUACCUAGCGAAAAGAAAAGAUUAUGAAAAUGCCGGGCAUCCGGAAAAUUUUCUUUUACCUGGCCUAUGUUGGAAGUAACACACCUCGGAAACUCCCCCUAUAUGAUCACAAGACAUCGGCUAUCAAGCGAAGGUGCCUAUGGACAAAGAUUCGAAGCAGAGCAAUUAACUAUUGGUACUAGAUAAGGGGACAAUAUUUCCCUUAACGCGGCAACCUAACAUGUCGGCGGCGUGUCCGCCUCCUUCCAUUUGA